CGGGCCGGCCAGGGCUCCUGAGCUGAGGGGCCGUGUCUGCCGGCUGGGAAGGGCUCAGCCAUGCCCGGCAGCUUCCCGGCUGGACUGCUGGCCUGGGCGCGGUGGAAGGCCGGGUCAUCCCGGGCCCCGUGCUGGGCGCGCUCCUGGGUGGAGGCGGCGGCACCGGCGGCAGCUCCCGCUCCGCGCUGAGGCCCGAUCCAGCGGCAGUGCUGGGAUACACCCCCGGCUUCGGGCACGCACGCCGAGUACCUUGGCCUUGUCUGGGAACAGUUGUGGCUGAACGUGUGUGCGUGGGGCACUCUUGGAGAGAAGCUGUAAGGCUACGAGGGCCAUUAAUAUGGAUUAGACUAGGGGGAGAGAAUGAUGCUGGACGAUGUUUAAGAUGUAUAUAACUAAAAGGUGGGUGUCGAGAGGAUGGGUCCAGGAUCUUCUUGGUGGUGCCGGGCAAAAAAAAGAGGCGGUGGGCACAAACUGAGGCAUAGGAAGUUCCACCUGGAUAUGGGGAAGAACUUUCCUGUGGCAGUGACCACACUGGAACAGGUUGCCCAAAGAGGCUGUGGAGUCUCCCUCACUGGAGAUAUUCCAGAACUCUCUGAACAUCAUCCUGUGCCAUAUGUGUGCUGGGAUGAUCCUGCUUGAGCAGGGAGGUUGGACAGGGAGCACUGUGGUCCCUUCAACCUGACCCAUUCUGUGAAUAAUCAAACUGAAAUUUCAGACUGGUUACCACUGUUCACUUGUUAUGGCUUUCCCUCAGUGCUAUGAAGGUGACCACUGAAUCCUUAAGAAAGUGGUGGUGAACUUGAAAUUUUAUGUAUUAUGGAAGUAUUUCAUGGGGACAAAUACCUGCUAUUAAAUUUCUCUUGAACUUAUGCUUUUAUGUCACCUAAGAUAUUUUUGAUUCAACAGUUACAAAAAAAUUAUGUGCACUACCAUGACAGCUGUUUAGAGAAAAGGAAAAGGCUGCAGCCUUUCAUCUCUUGUUCACCUGCCACUCAGUGUCAGAGAUGGAGGCCCCCAGCCCCAGUGCAUUGCACCUGAGUGACUGGCAGGAAAGUUACUUUGCUGUCACCUCUGGCACCUGCACGCCCGGGCAGAAGGCAGAUGGAUACCGUGCCAAGAUCCUGCGUAUUCAGUAUGCAUGGGCAAACUCCGAGAUCUCCCAGGUCUGUGCUGCCAACCUGUUUAAGCAGUACGCCGAGAAAUACUCUGCGAUUAUUGACUCUGGCAACGCAGAGACCGGCUUGAACAACUAUGCAGAAAACAUUUUGACUUUGGCAAAAUGUCAGCAAAGUGACAGUGACAAGUGGCAAUCUGCCUUGACAACAGAAAACGUGUUUGAAUUGAAGUGUGUGCAAGAGAAGAUGCAGGCUGGCAAAAUUUUCCAGAGCUCUCAGAUGGCACCAACAGCUGCCUGUGUACGAGCCGAUAAAGGGGUCAGUGCCUCCGCUGCUCCAGCUCUUCCCAAACUCCAUGUCUUCAGUAGUACCAGGGAGACUGAGCUCAGUGCUGGCUCAGCAAAAUGUGUAAGUCAGGGACCAGAUCUUCUUGGGCACCCCUCAUCUUCCAAGUCCCUUCAAGGCAGUGCGCCUCCUGUGACCAGAACUUCAGACACACUUCCUGCCGCUUCAGCCUCCUUGAGCAAACAGGUUCCUCCCUGUUUCCAGGCAACUCCGCUCUUUGGAAGUAAAGAAGCCACUAAUAGUUCUCUGAAAAUGUCAGGUAACUGUUGUGAUGGGCAAAAUUUGUCUCUUUUCAACCAGUCAGCUGUACCUGCCUGGUCUGCAAAUUCUGGGAAAAGAAAAGCAUUCUAUGGUCUGGCUGAUGAAGGCAGCACAACUAUUUCUAGCCUUGUUCCAUGUCAGGCUUCCUUUUCUACAGAAACUAAUGGUUUUUCAGGGCAAAGAAACAGAAAUGAAGAGAGCAGUGCUCCUGGGUUUAAGACUGCAAAGGAACAGCUGUGGAUGGAUCAACAAAAGAAAUCUCAAAACCAGCGUGCCCCAGUCUCAUCAUAUGGAGGUGUAAAAAAAUCCCUGGGUGCAGGAAGGUCUCGAGGUCCAUUCAGCAAGUUUGUGCCUCCAGUUCCGAGACAAGAUGGAAGUGAGAAUGGAGGAGCACAGGGUAAACCUCAUGUCGGGGAAUCGACAGACCCACUGCUGCCUGUGGAUGAACGGCUGAAAAACAUAGAACCGAAAAUGGUUGAACUCAUCAUGCACGAGAUCAUGGACCACGGGCCUCCAGUCAGCUGGGAUGACAUUGCUGGAGUUGAGUUUGCCAAGGCUACCAUAAAAGAAAUAGUGGUGUGGCCCAUGCUGAGACCAGACAUCUUCACCGGCUUGCGUGGUCCUCCGAAAGGAAUUCUUCUCUUUGGCCCCCCUGGGACUGGCAAGACCCUCAUAGGCAAGUGCAUCGCGUGCCAGUCUGGAGCAACGUUUUUUAGCAUCAGUGCCUCGUCUCUGACUUCCAAAUGGGUGGGUGAGGGCGAGAAGAUGGUGCGUGCGCUGUUCGCUGUGGCGCGGUGCCAGCAGCCAGCGGUGAUUUUCAUCGAUGAGAUCGAUUCCCUGCUGUCCCAGCGCGGAGAGGGGGAGCACGAGUCAUCCAGGAGAAUAAAAACUGAAUUCCUGGUGCAGUUGGAUGGGGCAACAACCUCCUCUGAAGAUCGUAUCCUAGUGGUUGGAGCAACAAACCGACCCCAGGAGAUCGACGAAGCUGCCCGAAGGAGGCUGGUGAAGAGGCUGUACAUCCCUCUCCCAGAGGCCUCCGCCAGGAAGCAGAUUGUCACCCGGCUGAUGGCAAAGGAGCACUGCUCUCUAAGUGAAGAGGAGAUCAAGCUCAUAGUCCAGCAGUCGGAUGGGUUUUCUGGGGCAGACAUGACGCAGCUGUGUCGGGAGGCUUCCCUGGGCCCCAUCCGCAGCCUGCAGUCCGUGGACAUUGCCACCAUCACGCCGGAGCAGGUGCGGCCCAUCUCCUUCCGGGACUUCGAGAGUGCCCUGAGAACGGUGCGGCCCAGCGUGUCCCCCAGGGACCUGGAGCUCUAUGAAACCUGGAACCAGACGUUUGGCUGCGGCAGAUGAGCUGCAUCUCAGCUGCUCCACUGCAGCAGCUUGGCUUCAGCACUGCCGCCGUUAAACCUGGGCUAUUGAGUGUGUCUGCUCCUUGGUUUGUGUUUGUCCUGGAAUUAAACCUCCUUGUGUUAUGCAGGCAAUGUCCAGGCUCUGGCUGAGGCUGAAAAGACCUUGAGGAACUGCUGGUCAUGAUAGGAGAAAUUGCUGAACAGCAGUGGCAUUGGGAGGCUGACAGAAUUUACAGAUUGCUGGGAGAGGUGGACAAAUUUCACUGGUGUUUAAGGGGAAGGUUAUCAAACCUCACAAAUAAUUGAAAAGAGUAUUGGGGAAAUCUUGCAAAGUCUACCAUGCUGUAUCAGUAAGGGAUUCAAGAAAUAGCAGAAAUACUGAUUUUGGGUAGGAGUAUGGCAAAUCUGGGGUGGAUGGGGAAGAGUAAUUAGAGGUGUUUUGUUUGGGAGAUGACAGGAGCAGAAGGAGGAAAAGGCAGAGGUGGAUGUGGACUUGUACGGAAAAACGGAAGGGGGGACAAAAGAGGAAGGUCUUUUGAGCAUUGCUCUUGUCUGACAGCCUUUUGUCUCAUCACUGCUGUCAAUCCCAACUUCUCAUUAAAAACUUUCUGAUGAUUUUCUGCUUGA